AUGGCCGCAAUCCUACUCGGCUUCAUCGCAAGCAGUGCCGUCGUGGCCUUGCCGGCAGGCAUUCAAGCAGGUCCAGACCACCCGGACCGCGUCCAGCGCCGCGGGGCGUCCUCGUCAGCCCAGCGGUCCGGUGGGGACAAGUCAGAGGAUCGCCCCUCGCUGAGGGAAAUCAUGAAAGAACCAGGCUGGGCCUGGAGAAUCGCUAGCCUGACUCCCACCGGGAGAGAGCUGGUCAAGGAAGCAAAGAUUGCACAGCAGGAACGAGACGAGGCAAGACGUCGUGCUUUUGAAGCCGGAUAUAGCCCCGACCCCCGUGCAGGCGGUACUAGUGUCAGGGCCUAG